CUACUUCUUUUUGUCUUCACUCUUUUGAAAAACCAAAACCCUUAUCAAAAUCCAGAGAGAGAGAGAAAACAAAGAAGAAGAGACGAGAGUGAGGUUUCUUCAGUUCCCUCCACACAUCCACACAGCGAGAAAAUUACACAGGGAGAAUCAUCAUCAAUCGAGAAGAUGCCUAAAGGUUCAAAGAAGAGAAGAGCUGAGAGAAGGAAGAAGGAAACUGGAAUCCAAACUCCUCCUAAUGGAACUGAGGAUCCAAAAUCAAACUAUGAGAAAGAUAUUGUCGAAGAUGUUAGUUCUUAUACAACAACUACUACUACUGGUAGUAGUAAUCAGGAUUUAGGGCAUGACGAACAAGAAGAAUCAAAAGCUCGAUUGGUUGAUACUGGAGAGAGUAAAGAAGACGAAGAAGUUAAUCAGAUAAUCUUUUCUAAGGAUAUAAAACUUGAAGAUCAUGAAGAAGAGAAGAUUGUUGUGAUUGAAGGAGAUUAUUCUGAUAAGAAUAGUAGAAUUAUUCCUAUUGAUUCUAUUAAACAAUCAGAUUUUGAUUCUUCAUCUGAUGGAAACUCAUCUAGAAGUGGUAGUGGUAGCAGUAGUAGUGGUGGUAAUAGCUCUGAUGAAGAAUCAUCUCUUCAAACUAAUCCGGUCGAUAAGAAACAAGAUGAGAUUGAGAUGAACAAGGAAGAAGAUUAUUGCAAUUUAGUUACUGAUUCUUCUCCGCCUCAGUAUGAUCAGAUUGAGCAAGAGAAGGUGAUUUCAUUUUUAACUGAAGAUGUAACUGUUAAAGGUAGCUCUGCUGUGAAAGAAGCACUUGCAGAGGAAUCGAGUCUGAAUGAUUUUCAAUCUAAGGAUAUGCUACCGACUAGUGAUGAUUUGAUUACUGAGAUUAGUAAUGGUGUUGAUGAACAUCAUCAAGAGAUUCAUGAUGUCUCUGAUACACAGGAUCAACAGGUAGCUCCUGCCCCUCCACCAUUGCAACCAACUUCAUGGAAGGGAUGUUGUGGAUUGUUCGACGUUUUUAUGGGGUCAAAUAGGUGAAGAGGUGGUUUAUGGACUGAUUAACCGUGAAUGGCAGAGAUUGGAUCUGAAGAGAUGUACAUUUCAAAGAGCUUGCCCGGUUAGUCCAGAAGGAAUUAUUUGUUUGUGAUAUUCUUAGAAGUAUAUAUAGCUUAUUAUAUCAUGGUAAACUUUCUCCAGGGAGAAAUAAUGGACUAGAGGGGUUACUGCUUAUUGAUAUCUGAAUUGCAUCAGGACUAAUGGUGCAGCCCUUUACCAGCUUAAUCUUUCUAAUUUUUUCUUUUCUUUUUAAUUACAACUAUGGUAUCACUAGACGUCUUUUAAAGAUGGUACCAUACCAGUCUUUUUGGUUUUGUAAUCGUAGAUUGUCUCUUCAAUAUAUAGUAACUUUUGGCGUGCAUAUAUGGUGUGCCCCCGGAAGGCUUAAUCUUUAAAAAUAAAAUUGCUUAAUAUAUUACUUUUCAGUGC